CAUGCUGUAUCUCUGGUUAGUACAAAAGCAAAAGCUCCAAAAUGUGUACAAAGGUGUUCAAGCAUAUGUUUGUACAAGAGGAGGACGGAUGUAUGGUGUGUUAUUAUAGCCCUGAUGGUCUCAGGUUACCUUUGCCAGGGUAUGAAGAUGAGUAAUACUAAACACGCAUGCAGGUUCAUCUAGUUGGUGUUCAUAAUGCUCCACAGAGGAUUCAACUCUCUCCUGUGAAAACUUCAAAGAAGCUGUUAGGAGGUAUUUUCACACACAUUUCGAUCUCAGGGCUCCCUGGACUGCCAUCCUGCUUCUAGAGAUGAUCUUCACAGCGGAGCAGGUCAUUUGUGUUUGUGAGGUCCUUCUGCAGAGCGGUCAUAUGGAUCGUCUGGCCAGUUUCCUCCGCACUCUUCCUCCCUCUUCCUCCACUACCCCGUCAUGCCUUGGGGAGCUAGAGAGUGUGCUGAAAGCUAAAGCUGCAGUGGCCUUUCACCAGGGGCGCUUCUUAGACCUCUACACGCUGCUGGAGGGCUUCCACUUCUCCCCACGCAGCCACCCUUUUCUGCAGCAACUCUGGCUGCGAGCCCACUACAUGGAGGCCGAGAGGCAGAGGGGCCGGCCCCUGGGAGCUGUGGGAAAGUAUCGCGUUAGGAGAAAGUUUCCUCUGCCACACACCAUCUGGGAUGGAGAGGAGACCAGUUACUGCUUCAAGGAGAAAUCUCGGAGUAUACUCAGGGGGUGGUACCGUCGUCAGCCUUAUCCUUCAACCCGGGAGAAGCGAGAGCUCGCAGCGGCUACAGGCCUCACAGUCACACAGGUCAGCAACUGGUUCAAGAACCGCCGGCAGAGAGAUCGGGCCAUGGAUGUUACCAGCGCUUCCUUCAGUUUCCAAAUACAACUCACUGGAGGACCUUCAGAAGAAGAUUACCCAUCUUCUGACAAUGAUGUUUCUCCUCAGGGAAGCCCACAUCCUCCACCCCUCUUUCAUCCUCCCCCUCCUCUUCAUCAUAUUUCUGGAGGCCAUUCAAACAUUUAACUUAGCCGACAAGUUCUUCUGCUCCUUCCUCAAUCUAAAGUCUUUUUCUUUCUUUCAGUAUAGUUUAUUAUCAAAACAUGACUGAACAGACACAGUAGCAGGACUUCAGUUUACACAGAACAGCACAUACACAACAUGUAGCUGGAUACCCGUUCAUAUAUCUACCAUAAAGCCGUGUAAUCAAUUUUCACACAUGGCAGAGCAACAUUUUUAAUAAACCAGGUUUUUUUUUUUACUUGUUUAAGGGACUAUGCUGGUGAAUAUUAUCAUGUGUGCUGUAUGCAGAAGUGACAGAAUGUUUCUUGUCAUGGUUUGUUUCAGUGUUUGUGACUUUAAACAUUUUCUUUGAAUGCUUAAACAUAUGAAUAAAAUAA